UUUCAAACUCAAAAGUCCAAGUCUCAACUUGACCCAUUCAAUUCAAAUUCAAAUUUUAAACUGGACUGGAGAACUGAGAAGACCUUACAAAAUUGAAAUUCGUAAAAAAAUGCAGCAUCUGCAUCUGCCAUAUGUCUGCCAUCCUUUGAGUAAAAGCUGCCAAGCUGCCAGCUGCCAUCAAUCAUCACUUCAUCAGCUGAGAUCUAACUAAGAACAGAUUAUAGUUCCUAUUUGCACCACGUCACAGGAAGCGCUGCUGUUCUCUAAAUAUUUCUACCAAUAGAAACAAACAACGAGAAGCCAUAAUAAAGCGCGAUUUCCUUUUCUUUCGUUUCGUUUUGCUUCAUCUGCUCCGCUCUGAUCGUGAUAAUUUUACUAUUUUGUCGAAUUAUUACUUUAUUAGUGAAAUUUUAUUGUGAAAAGUUAUGAAAGUGCGUACUGUACGUUGAGAAUACUACACAUUCGAAGUUUUUUAUUCUAUCGUCCAUCGAUGGUAAUCCACUAGUUCCAUGAUCGUCGUUCGACUCGCGUUGUUAUUCGUACAUCAAUCAUCCGAUUCUCGCAGCAACAACAGCAGUAAACCAUUAGUAAGUUAUGUCCGAUACCGAACCCCACCAUGAUCAUUUGCACCUCGGUAGUGCUAACGCAUUUACAUAAUCUAGGUUCCAUACUCGUCGAUCGACUCGUAUCCGGUGACUCGUCAUCAUCAGAAAUGUCUUCUAUCAAACUAGCGACGACGACGGGGAUACCAAUCGGAGCAGAUUUGCUACAAGACGUCAUCAGCAGCAAUAUCCUGCAUUUCCUGGACCAAGAGUUUGGUAAAUUCGAAGAACAGGCGAAAAACUGCGACCGUUAUACCAUCCUAGAUCUCAGACUACCGGUUCGUAUAAUCGAGUUAUUCUUGAAACUGUUUCAAUUAUGUGUGGAUAAUCCAGUGCUGCGACAGAACAUCGAUAGCGUCGAACUAUUCGCGAAAAUAUUCCUGCUCAUGAGAUCGCAUUUCAAAGCCCAGUGUCCGUGCGGUUUAGACGUCGACUGGGAAGCUGAAAAAGAAUGUGAGGAUGACGACGGCGAUGAUGAUGAUGUAGACGAAGACGACGAUUGGGGCGAUUGCGGUGAAUCGGAUCCUUUGAAACGGUUUCUUCAUUUUAUCAAGCAGCAAGAGGCUAAAGCCAGUAUCGGUUUGAAAGACGCUUCGAAUAAAAAACUAGUCAAGAAUUUGAAACACGUCAGCGAUUGGUUUCUCGAACUAGAUGGUACGUUGAUCUGCGAAAUUUGUAAUUUCAAGUGCAAGAAGUAUAACGACGUAGUGGCACAUUCCAAACAACCAAGUCACGAUAGAAAUUUGGAUAUUUUCAAAGAAAACGAGUCCUUUGCCGCGUUCCCCGAUGCGAAAAUCGAAUCUUACGGAUGUAAAGCUUGUAAAUCCGAGUACAGUACGUUUAAUUCGCUGGUUAAACAUUUCGAUAAAAGUCAACAUCGAGAUGUGGUGAAAAAACUCCCGGUUGGCGUUACCGUCUCGAAAGAUGAUAAUGGUCGUACCAAGAACGAUGCUAAACCGACGAUUACGGUCACGAAAGUUGAUAAGAAUGAUGCUAAUUCGAAACCUACCAGUACCAAGACGAAUGAUUCGACCGAAGGUAAAAAAGCAGUGGUUAAAAUCAACUAUAAAGCGAAGGUUACGAAUGCUACAGCCAGUACUGUCCAGUCUACUGAUAACGUCAAGUCUCAGACGAAUAACGUAGCCAAAGUGGAAACGAAACCUGGUUCUCAAACGAAGCCAACGAACACCAAAGCUGAGACUAAACCAGUGAAAGUUUCGAAUGCAACGACAACAGUCGAAUCCAAACCACUCGCUGAUACUUCUAAAUCUAAAGUCAAACCGUCCAAACCAGAUGAACCGAAGACAGCCUCGAAUACUUCUACGUCCAAAACCAAAACCGUUGCUGCUGCGAAGAAAAAACCAGAAUACAGUUUGAAAUUCAUCGUAUCGAACGGCUCGUCGGGUAAAUAUUGCCAAAUCUGCGAUUGGGAUCUGCCAGACGAAGAAGCAAUCGUAUCCCAUGCCAAAGGGACCGAUGGAUCCGAUCACGCUAAAUUGAUGUCUGUUUUCGAAUCGAAUCAAGAAUACGUUAAAACGUCCAUCAAUUGCGACAAUUUCGUUUGCAUGUUAUGCUGCGAACAUGCCGAAGAUAUUUACGAAUUAACGUGUCACUUCAAGAGUAAAGAUCACAAAGCUACGGUUAAAUCGAAAACAGCGUCUCCUGAGGCACCAACGACGCCUAAAGCUGAUCAAAAACCAGCUGCCGGAGCUGCUGCUAAAGCUGGUCAAAAACCAGCAGCUAAAGUAACUACUCAACCAGCGUCUAAAUCUGAUCAAAAAUCAGCUGCCAAAGUUACUCCUCAACCAGCAUCUAAACCUGAUCAAAAACCAGCACCCAAAACUACACCUCAACCAGCUCCAAAACCAGCACCUAAACUCACCUUGAACAGUUUGAAACUGAAGGACAGUGAUAGUAAAUUCUUACGUCAGAAAUCGAAUAAAAUCCAAUGUAUCGUUUGCGACGUGACUCUAAACGUAUUGGGCGACGUUACCGAACACUUUAACGACCAGCUGCAUUCUCAAAACGUGUCGGAAUUCACCAAACACGAAGAAUACGUAGAAUUACCCAACGCUAAAGCCAGCUCGUUCAAUUGCUUGAAAUGUAACUCGGUUUUCAACACGUUCGUCGAUAUUCUCACCCAUUGCAAAGAACACAUCGAACCUCCCAAACCAACCAACCCACUCGACUCGAUCAAGUUGAAAAAAUCCGACGAAAAAUUCAUCUCGAAGGGUAAAACGGAGAAAAGCCUGAAAUGCAACCUGUGCGACAAAGAACUACCCACCGAAUCGGCCGUUAUCUCGCAUACCGGUAGCUCGAACCAUGUGAAAAAUUACAACAUGUUUAUCAAGAACGAACCCUACUGCGUAGCUAAUAAAACAUCUUGUUCGUUAUGCGAGCACAACUGUCACGAUCUGGCUGCUUUGGUUAAGCAUUUCAAAACCGAUACCCAUCAGAAAACCGCCGUCAAGGGUAAAAAAACCCAAACGCAGGCCCCCAUUCAUAUACCAUCUUACGCGAAGCCUAAAUUAGACCAGAUUGUCGAUAUCCCUGAGGUGAUCGAUUCGCCCAAGAGUUUAGCACCGAAGAAGAGUAAAAAAAUCGAGGAAGGUUCGGUUCGUAAAUCUAGACUGCAGCUUUUAUCGAUGGGUGAUUUGAAUUUAGAGGAGUUAAUGUCCUACGAGCAGUUCCCGAUGAAGAGACCAGAUAAUAGUUACGUGAUCGCUAAAAAUGAUCUUUUUUAUUGUCGUAUUUGCGACGUAGAUCUACCAGCUGCUGAAGUAGCCGCUCAUAUGAACGGUGCCAGUCAUAGAAUUAACGUAGAAGUGUUCGAGUCUUUGCAAUGUUACGUUUUAUCGACACCUGAAUCGGAAUACGUUCAAUGCACGAUGUGUAAAGUAACCUUCGACCACGUGCACCAGCUGGUUAAACAUUUCCGAGAAACAUUACACGGUAAACCGGUUAACCUUGAGAAACCCAAACCAUCGGUACCUGUUCCUCCCACUGAAGAUCAAGUUGAUACGUCUGAGCAGCAACAGAACACCCCUACAGAGGCUGAAAUACCCCCAGCUUGCGAUUCUGAUCCAGCUCCGGCCACCGAUGUGGUCGAAAACAAAGUCGAAGAGGAGAAAUCUAGUCCACCGCCGCCGAAACCCGUUAGAAUACCGAAAAGCGAUCGUAAACAUAUUUUCAGACUGGGUGGAACGCUCGUACAGUGCAAUCUUUGUAAUACGAAACUAGCCGAUAACGAAGCUCUCGAGGCACACGUCAAUAAUCUGAACCAUAUAAAAAACUCGACCGUUUACUUGGAAAACGAACAGCUGAUUAAGCAGUUGGACAGCGUCGGUUCAUUGUUCGAGUGUACGUCGUGUGCUUUUAACGGCGAUCUCAGCAAAGUAAUUAAACAUUGUAAGAAAAAGCAACAUUUGGCUGCUAAAGGAUGCAACGUCGAAGAUAUCUCCGACGACGAGAUGCUGGAAGACGACGAAGACGACGUUGAUCCUACGAUAAACGAGUUCGAUUUCAAAUGUAUCACGAUGAAGAACGGUAUCGUCAGGUGUAAAUUAUGUCACAAUAAGUUAACCGGAGUUAAGAACUUAUUGGAGCAUAUGAAUAGCGAAAAUCACAAGAUGUCUUCGGAUAUUUACAAGCAAAACGAACCGUUCAUCGAACAAUUCGACGAACUAGAGUUUAGCUACAAAUGUAUCAUUUGCGAGGUGAUUUUUACUCGACUCGAUACGAUGAUCAGACAUUUCACCGAAGAAGGUCACGUUCCUAUAAACGAUACAAACGAAUCACCACCUACUGCCUCGAAUAACGAUAUUGGUGAUCGAUUCGAUGUAACGUCCAGUGAUUUCGAAUGCUACCUGUGUUCGGUAACGUUCAACGGAUUUGCUGCUCUAUCCAAGCAUUGUUAUUCGCCCCAACACGAAGUCCUCAAAAACCUGAUCCAAUCUGAUCAGAACGAGAUCCCUUAUAAUAUCACCAUCGUCGACUACCAGUACCAUUGCAACGCUUGUAAUAUCCGUUUACUCAAUAAAGCCCUCAUGGAGAAACAUCAAAGUAAAAGGAUCCAUAAAGAUUCGGUUACGUUCUACAAUCGAGAAGUAAAUUCGUCCAAUGUGAUCGAAAUCGUCGGAUACGAGUACCUGUGUAACUUAUGCUGGUUCCCGAUGUACAGCGCUGCCGAGUUAGCCAAUCACGAACGCAGCAAUACGCACAAAAGUGGUAAAAACUUCGACGAUGUUUGGCGUUUCAACGAGCGACAUUUGAUUAUGUGCCAGAGUAUGUAUAAAGUGCGAUGUAAACUGUGCGAAAAAACUAUCGGUAUCGAGAAACUGAUUAAACAUUGUACAUCUCGAGACCAUCGAUUGAAAUUUAUCGCUAAUUAUUCGGAGGAAAGUUCCCAAGAUCGGUUUAUCGUUUGGAAAAACGCGUCUCAGUAUUGUACCCUUUGUGAUUGUAAAUUAAUCAACGAGCAUAAUUUAGUCAACCACGUUAAUAGCGCUAAACAUAAAUUGAAAUUGUUACAAAAUUAAUUACCCGAGUAUCGGAUGUCGGUUCUUCAUUUUGAAUUAACCGGUCGCGUUGAUUAUUAGUAAUGUACAAUAAUGUACUAUUUUUCCCCCCAUUUUGACCUCAUCAGUAUUUUUUUCCAGAGUAUUACAAACGAUUUGAAAAUUUUGUCAGAUCGAUUAUGAGACAUCCGGUACUUACGGGUGUUGUAACAAUUUCAAGAACUGAUUUUUUUUUUUUUCAAUUUGUUAUGUUUUCCUAUGAUUUUUUGCGACGUUUUAUUGUUCCUUCAUUGGUAUUGUAGAUUUAAGUCGUGUUAUUAGUAAUUUAUAUAAGAUGAAUGGGUUUUCUUACGACGACGAUUCUGUUGAAAGUAUUAUUCUUACCAUUAGGGUUCUUGAACACAUUUUUUUUUUCAUUUUUUUAAUGUUUUCAAUUUAAUUAUACUAUUUAUAGGUACGAGUUUAAACGUUAUCCGUCAUGUUUUUUAAAACUAAAUAUAUUUUUCUCAAAUUUUUC